UCAUAUAUCCUCACUGCUGGAAUCAUUAAAACGACACCACAACAAGAAGAUCAAAUAGUCUUCAGAAUAUCUGCAGCACAACAUAAAGGCAACAGGACUGCCACCAACCCAUUUAAUGAAUGCAGUAUUUUCUGCAUGCAUGACACCUCCCAGGCACACCUACAAGCACAUACAACAAAACUACAACCACGCAGUAAAGUGUGGAUUAUGGGAGAUUUUGGUGUAGAUGAAGAUCAACUAUAUGUCCAAUUGGACAAUAUGGAGUAUAUGUACAGUACCCUGCCAUAA